AUGCAGCUGGGCCGCUACAAGCACGUAGGCGAUUGUUUGCGCAGCGUGCUGCGGCGCGAAGGGGCUUGGGGCCUGUACCGCUCCAUGCCCACGACGCUGGCCAUGAAUGUGCCGUAUGGCAGCAUCCUGGUGGCCUCGAAUGAGUCCAUGAAGCAGUUCCUGGGCGUCCGAAAGAUAAGGCAAGACACCAGAAACUUGCUCCCCUGGUAUUUCCUUUCAGCCGGUCUCAGUGGCGCAGUGGCCUCUGCCGCAACCCAACCGUUGGAUGUGGUGAAGACUCGGCUGCAGACACAGGACUGCUUGGUGAGACCCAAGAGGCCAGACGGCAGCUCCAUGAGAGAACCAGUGACCUAUGCAGGUGACAGCACAAAUUUGUGCGCGCCGAAGUACUCGGGCUUCCUACCUGCUGUUCGAACCAUUGUAAGAGAAGAGGGCUGGUUGGCACUCUACACCGGCACUAUGCCUCGGAUGCUUCACGCCGUACCCUCUGCAGCAAUGUGCUGGGGUACCUAUGAAGUGGUGAAGAACUUUCUGCAGGACUAUUGA